UAGCACAUGACUAUUUUGAUCACCAUUUGCAACAUGGCGGACGAUAUUGACACCUUCAAUCCUUUUGAGAACGAAAAACAUGAUGAUGGUCCCAGAGAAGAACAAGCUGUUUUACCAGAUAGUCCUGGAGGAGAAGAUCACUUAGAACAUUCCAUUUACUUAGACACUUCUUCAGCAGAUAAAAAUACACCUUUCCUGGAGUCUUUUAAGAUUGGAGGUUAUGAUGAUGUAGGCCAAGUGAAGGAUUUACACGUGACAGUUGAUGAUCCAGAAAAACAUGUGGGUGGCUAUGUCAGUUAUAGUGUUACAACAAAGACUACAAGGGGACAGUUUGAUCACCCAGAAUACAGUGUUAGAAGAAGAUAUCAAGACUUCUUGUGGCUGAGACACAGAUUAGAAGAGAGUUACCCUACACACAUCAUCCCUCCACUCCCAGAGAAGCAUUCAUUUACAAAGCACUUUGAUCGAUUUGCACCUGAAUUUUUAAAAUCACGACAAAUAGCACUCAACAAGUUUGUUAGUAGGAUUGCGGAUCACCCUGUGAUGUCUUUUAAUGACAACUUCCAUGUCUUCCUUACAGCUAAAACAUGGGAACUAACAUCUGUCAAGAAACAGGGUCCAGGUUUGAUGAGCAGAAUGAGUGAUUCCAUGAAGAACAUGGCAUCUUCGUGGAUGUUGAAAAGUAGAGAGCCUGAAUUUCAAGAAAUGGCAGAUUAUACAAAGGCUUUUAGAGAAAAGAUGCUGGCUGUAGAGGCUGCUUCUGACAAGAUUGCUAAGGAUAGAUUUGAUCUUCUAGAAAUGUACAAAGAGUACAUACCAAUCUUCAAUCUGUGGGCAGAUGCUGAACAUAAGUUAACUGAUCCUUUACAUGCCAUGGCAAGUGCUUUUGACAAGAAUAGCUCUGCUCUGAUAACACUGCUAAAAGCUCAAGACUCCAGAUUUAUGGAACCUAUACAUGAAUAUGUGCUCUACACAGAUGCCAUCAAGAGCACCCUUAAACACCGUGAUACCAUUCACAUGGAAUAUGAAGUAACUUUAGAAGAGCUGUCAAGGAAAAAAGCUGAAAAAGAAGAGCUUGAUAAAGGAACUGGCGGUGGACGUAGUUUUGGCUUCUUUAGUAAAGACCCAGAGCAGGCGAAACAAGACAAACGAGAAAGAGUGGACUCUAAUAUAGAAGAGCUUUCAAAACUCGCCGAGCAGGGAAGUGAUCGACUCGAGUGUGCUAAUGUUGAUCUAAAGGCGGACAUUGAACGGUGGAACAAGAACAAGAGAACAGACUUUAGAGAACUAUUCGCGGAGUAUUCAGAGAGACAUAUUACUUAUUACCAAGAGUGCUUGGCUGCUUGGCAGGAGGCCUUACAAAUUGUGACUGGGAGUCAGCAAGACCAAGAUUUGGAAGAGUCUUAAGAAUUUCUAAGUGAAUCAGAGGAAAAUGGAAAAUGAAUUUAGCUAUGGGAAAUGAUUGGACGAUCACCGUAGUUGGAUUAGAGAGUGCUUGAACCACUUCAGGUCAUAUGCGCAGAAGAUUGCCUCCAUCGAUCUUUCUGUUCUGAUUCAAAUGUUCAGUGCUAUAGGUAGAAUUGUUUUUUUAAAGAGUAAUAUUGAGACAAAUGUUUUCCUUGAUAAAUGACUUAAUAUUGAAUUCAAUUCAUUUUAUAGGUCGUGUGUAUGUUAGGCUUAAAAAAACAACUAUUCGUUUUCUUUCGUUUUAGGUUGAAGCGAAAUUCAAAUGAAAAAUAUUAUAUAAUUUACAGGACUUGAGUAAGAAAUGAUUAAAAUGAAUUACUGUCGAAGGUCAACUCAGUGUGUACUAUUUUGAACGACGACUGUCCAACGUUUACAAAAUGAACCCAUGAAGUUUGAAAAGACUCCAUUUAACAAAUAUAUUUCAUGGUGCCAUGUGUCUGUUCAGCGAUACGUCACAAAUGACGUCAAAAUUUGGUAAGAAAUAAAAUGUGGCGCGCGAGGCGCAGUCUAGUGUGUCACUGAUAUUAUUACCGCAUUUUAACGUCUUCUGAGGUCUGUUACUGUACAUGGAAUCUAUUUGCUUUAUAUAGUAAAGAAGCAAAAAAAUUUAAAUGGUAACAUCACCUGUGCGUCUUUCCUCCAAUAGAUUGCAAGAAUUAAUUGAAAUGCGUACGUUAUUCAGCCUAUUGUAUAAACUAGAAUUGAAACUAGAGGAUUCUAUUUCUCCGUACGUAUAAAUUAAGUUAGAAGAAUAUCAGGUCUUGACAACUUCGUUCAUUACCAUUAAUAAACUUUUUUAAUGAA